GUCUUAAUAACGAAUUUUUAAUAAAAAUAAACCUAAAGUUAUACCUUUACAUAAAGAAUUAAAUAGUAGCAUUAAUUUCGACAUAGUUAGUGUUUUUCUUAAUACAAGAAGUAAAUUCCACAGUGUUUCAUAACCGCUUUUUAAAAUUUACCUAUUAUAAAUUAUUAAUGAAACAAUAAUUUUUCAAAUAUCUCAUAAGUUUAAUUAAAUCGUGGCUGAUAUGGAAGAAGCUGAAAUACCCGAAAGUACCCGCCGUGUAACCAGACCUUCAUUUGCGCAAGUAAAAGCAAUCUUGGAGUUUAUGGAAAAGCAUCCAGACUUGGCUCACCGCAAACAAAAAGAUGGUAUGAGUAAUGAAAGGUUUAAAACACUUUGGAUGGAACUAUCUAGUAUAGUUAAUGAUAUACAAGGUACUACAAAAUCAGUAAAAGGUUGGAUCAAGUUCUGGUCAGACAAAAGACGUAGCAUAAUAUUGAAACAGAAACAAAUAGCUGAAGGCAAAAUAACUGAUCCUCUCACAGUCCUGGAGUUACGGAUUCUAGAUCUCACACCUAAUAUUAAGCAUGCAAAAAGAAAGAGUUCUGUGAAACAAGAAGCAUGCAAUGGUGAUGAUGCUCUAGACAGUAUAUUUGAAAAGGAUGAUGAUGUUGGAUUUCCUAGCAGUGAUGACCGGUUACUGUCCACAGAUACUGAUGAAAGAUACACAAAUGUGAUGGAAAAAUUAGUAGAUGUGAUGGACCAACAAGCUCUUGCCUUAUCUCAAAUGGCAGAAGCUACUCUUAAAAGUUCUAAAGCUUUAGAACAAAUGGCUGAGGCAUCACAUAAGCAGGCUAUGGCAGUUGACAGACUAGCGGGAACCUUUGAGACAAUCAAUGCAUCUGUUUUUGAUGUGCGGAAUGCAAUCAUGAGCAUUGACUUCACAAUGAAGCGCUGUUACUCCACAUCUACCCAGCAAAGGCAGAACUCUAAUUUAUUCACAUAGCAUUAAACAAUAUUAAAUUAUGUAAAUAUGGUAUUAAAUGCAAUAACUUUCGUGAUAAUUUUAAACAAAACACAACUCUUUCGAAAGGACCACACCUUUGCGAUCUAUCGCU